AUGGGCUCCACGAAACCCGAGAAGAAGGAAAAGAAGGACAAGUCCUCCAAGCGAUCCGAGGCCGACGGCGUGUCCAAGUCGUCCAAGACCAAGGGCGACAAGAAGGAGAAGAAGGACAAGAAGGACAAGCUCAAGACUGCCGUCCUCAACGCUGCUCUCGACGACAAGCUGCAGGCCGACGCCGCCGCCCAGUCCCUCGAAAAGGCACCCGAGGUCACCGAGGUCGAGGUUGAGGAGGAGGAUGGUGAAAAGGUCACAAAGCACGUUGUCGGCGCCCUGGUGCCGUUUGCCCGUCCUCUUGCUGAGGAGAAGGGUACCAAGAAGAUCCUGAAGACUGUGCGCAAGGCGGCAAAGAACAAGACCCUCAAGCGCGGCGUCAAGGAGGUCGUCAAGGCCCUGCGCAAGUCCCCAGCCUCGGGUCCCACCAACCAGUCCUUCCCGGGCGUCGUGAUCCUGGCCGGCGACAUCUCCCCCAUGGACGUCAUCUCGCACAUUCCCGUGCUGUGCGAGGACGUCAACGUCCCCUACAUUUUCGUCACGUCGCGCGCCGAGCUCGGCGCCGCCGGCAGCACCAAGCGCCCCACCAGCGUCGUCAUGGUCACGGAGAAGCGGACGGGCGGCAAAAAGGGCGAGAAGGAGGAGGCUGUCGAUGAGGACUUUGCCGAGACCUACAAGGACCUGGUCAAGCUUGUGCAGAAGGAGUCCAAGCAGCUCAAGUUCACGUGA